AUUCUAUAGUGUACACGAUUGAACAUUGAAAAUUAUAUGUCUAUAUGUCGUCGAAAUCGUCGUGUCUGAUUAUGCGUCAAUGAGAGUAUUGCUUUCGGGUUCAUUUUUCAAAUAGGCAAUCGAUGAGUUUAUGUAGUUGAGCAUCAUAAGCGCUGUUUGCGUGCAUGUAACAAGACGUGCCUGGAAAGAAAUUGUCGUUCUUUUUCUGUUGAGGUCUAUCAGAAAUCAAAAUGUGCGUGGUUCAAUUUAAUCAUGAUAGUUACGAUGAGCGAAGUUAUGACACGUUUCUGCGGUUAGUUAUGGCUAUUGCCAUGGUUCUGGCGCUUUUUUUUAAUUGAUUGAUCUUUGGUAUCUGCGGUGAACAUGGACUCAUUUCGUUCGUUUUGCGUACGGUCUAAAUGAAAGUAUAAUAUGAUACUAAACUAAACAACAGCAAAUUUUUUCUGUGUAGGUCAACUGAGCCGUAUUUAAAUAACAACUAUGGUCAUUUAGCAAAUAGCGAAUUCUGAAUAUAUCGAAAUGAAAACAUAAGGCAACAAAUGUGUAUCCCAGCCUAUAUUUUCGGUAAACAUAUGAUAUAGUCGCUGCUAAUUAAUUGGUGAAAGGACCAUCUCAAAGCGGUUAAUAACAAAGCAUGGGGAAUAUCCAUUCAUUAAUCGUUACGCGCAAGCAUACAAGAAAAUCGUGUAAAGAGAGAAUAUAUGGAUAUGGAUCCAUCUAAAACUGAAUAAGUAAAAGCUCCAAAGAACCAGUAUAACACAUGUACAUCUUCUUUAGAAGGGUGGCAAUAAUUUGUUCAUUGUGGUGCACAAAACAAUUGCAUAGAACUGGUCAAACAUUCAUCAACUUCGAUUUUCUCUCAGAUGAGGCACUUGAGCAUCUAUAAAAUCGGGAUACAAUUACAGAUGAACCGUAACCUAGUAGCUCAUUGUAUGUGUUACUAGGGGAAUUAUACUGUAAGACAGACAACACCCUGGAGGUGAUACGAAAUGAGAUAAGCUUGGAAAAGAAACAUGUAACAUUAAAUGAUCCUCGACGUCAAGCUCACAUAAAAAAGUGUGGCGGAAAAUCGGGAUCAACACGAGACGAUCAAAGAAGCGAGAUAAUGCUUUAUGUUACCCGUAGGAAAAAAAUAACUUGUUAUUUUUGAGUUUUGUCUAAAACGUUUUGCUUUUCACUGCAAGCAAUACUAGCUGCAACUUUCUAAGUUUCAAAUGAAAUCAUAUUUCUAUGAAAAAUCAUUCAUGCCAUACAGCAAUGACAAAAACAUAAAACAAAAUGGAUAUAGAAUUAAUCAGCUGAAGUCGUCUUGGAUCAUUAACAAUGGUUGCUAGCAAAGCAUAUUGUUAAGUGCGAAACAGCUACAUUUCGAAUCGGGUGUUUGGCGAAUAUAUUUCUGAUAAUUUGUAAAAAUGACUCUCAACCGGACAUAACAUAAUAACGGCCAUGGACAGAUGCGGCACAUGAACGAAACGGAAGCCUGGGUUACGUGGGAAAAAUAAUAUCCAGAAACUAAAUAGGAUAUCAACAAUGAGUAGCAAAAUCGACAGGUAAUAAAAAAUAAAGUACAAUAAUAAAAAAAGCAAAAUCCGAAUGAAAGCUUAGGAGUGAACCAAAAAAAUGUAACAAAAACGAAUCGAAACAGUUGCACGCAUCGGACGUAACCAAUAAAAAAGGAACAAACGGACAAACCAAUCGACAAAUCGUUGAAAUAAACGAAUGGUAAUGUGUAAGAUUUGUGCAUAACUGGAAAGAACACUUGAUAGUUUGGAUAUGAUUCAUAUGACUCUCUAUAUUCUGCAGAACGUUUUUUAAAUCUUAUUUUCAAUUUCUUACC